AUGUCACAGACGUGGCAAUUGUCGUCAAUGAUACCAACGGCAUAUGAGACCCAGCCCAUAGAUCCAGAGAUACUUCAAUUGGUCAACGGAAUCGAGAACGACCCGAUGGACAACCAAUCCCAGGAACUUGAUGUUCCCGGUGGCCCAGUUUCUUUUGAUUCAAUGAUAGCGAUUCCCACAAUUGAAGACCAACCACAAAGCUCCGUAUCCCCAAUAUGCUCGAACCCUCGACCCCCGACAUUGCCUUCCAGCGGCACUGAUUCCUGGUCAUGCACCUCAGGUGAACAUGACCGUGCUCAAAGUGCAUGCAGCAACGGUGAAACCCAGCCAUUUAUCGAGCCAGUACGCCCGCUCUCACCCACCCUAGAAGAGCUGUAUCCCGAUGGCUUCGUCCCAUGGGAUCCAACAGACCCUGCCAAGUCUGACAACAUCCGCGAAAGAAUCCCGCGUAACCAGGCCGAAAUUCAACAACAGCGAGAAGAUACCGCUGCACUUAAGAAAGCUGGCGGAUCGUGCAUGGCAUGCUAUCGAGCUAAGAAGAAGUGUGGAACAACUACACCAUGUCCUCCAUGCUCUUCUAAAGGGAAUCGAAUCUGCUUUAGAAGUUGGGGAGACCUGUGCCUGCUUGGGCCGCCUACGGGAAACUCUCUUAUGAUCCUUGGCUUCCCAUCCCAAGAGGCGAAAGAUAAUCUGCACCGUAUGAGUGAGGAGGUUUUCAAACGCACGAAUGCAUUCAGAGCGGUGGUCAAUAUCCGCGAAACAUAUGGCGGAGCCUGUACCGCAUGGAAUUGGACAGCAACGAAGUCUAGUAUCACACUAUCGAGUUGGGCAGAGUGCCCCAUCGAUGAUUUUCUUGCUAGGAUUACCAAUGCGCUCCCCCUCAUGGAUCUGGUCAAAUUGGAGGAGCAACACAAAUCAAACACACUCGUUUGGAAUGCACUCGGAAUUGCAAAUGUUUUUAUGGCCAUUCAAGGCUUGGCGCAAGCUCGAAUCCGUACGUCCUGGUUUGAGAUUACCACCGGACGACUCGUCUCGUUUUAUAUCUUGAUUCUCUCUUUCCGGAAGCUCGCACAAAUGUCUCAGGAGUUUUGCCCUUGUUUGUACGUGGCUCUAUGUGGAAAGGACAAGCAGAACAACAAAAAAAGCCGGUCACGGAAAGAAAGCGAGAUCGAUCCCGCUUGGGUCGCCGCAGCAUUAUAUUACCGAGUUGUAUGUGGCUUGCAAGAUCUUCAAAACAACCCAGUCGUUGCGAGAAUAUUCGGCUCCUCUAGCUAUCAUCUGAGUGGUGUUCGCGAAAAGCUCGAAGAUAUCCUGCGCAGUAUGCCCCCCCGCCAUGGGCCUACGGGUAAAUCUUCCAGUAGAGUGAUCCUUGAAGAUGAUGUACCAAAAUUCCCGUCAUCUUUAGACAUCGAUAUGGCUUUCUGGCUGGGAGUACCGGAUGACCCUGAGCAAACGCCGUCUGUUUCAAGCCGACAGGACAGUCCAUUUUCCCCGCCAGCUUGCGAAAUGCAAGUAUUUUUGGCUGAUCAUUUCCCUCGACCUUGGCGUGUGGUGGAUCACCUUGAGCAGCAUCAUGUUCAUGACACGAUCAUCUCCGAGGAGCAGAAUGCUUCUGAUAAUAUGGCCUAUAUCGAUCAAACUGAGAUGUUGGACUCAAACAUUUUGUUCAACUUCCUCGGCAAUGAUAACUAUAAUGCAUUCGAUCCAAUGGCUGCGACCUUUGUUGACACACUCGAUACAAUGCCCCUCAACGGCAAUUUCCCGCAAUCCCUGUACAAUUGUUGA